AUGAUUUCAUCGGAAAAUUGCGCAAAUAACCCGGGCCCCUUGCCGGAAUUCAAGCACAUGAUGUUGCACCCGGGGGACAUCGGACUCGUCGAUGCCCCGAUCGACGAACACUCUACCCCGUUCUCAUCGGACCCCGUUAUCGGCCCCGAACCCGAACACUUUAAAGAGUACGCCGAGGAUCACAAGGAUCCCGACUGCUGUCCGCCGCAACAACCCGCCGUCGUCAAACGAGAACAACAACAACAACAGCAGCAACAAUGCAAUGCUGCUGCGUCCCGUCGAAUCCCCAAGCCGCAAAUCAGCUACAUCAUGCUCAUCGCCAUGGCCAUAGAAAGCUCGCCAGACAAGAAACUCACGCUGGACGAGAUCUACAAGCACCUCAUGAAAUCCCACCCGUUUUUCCGCGGCGCCUACACCGGCUGGAAGAACUCGGUGCGCCACAACCUCAGUCUCAACGACUGCUUCAUCAAGCUGCCCAAGCCCCUGGGGAAACCCGGCAAGGGUCACUACUGGACCGUCGACCCCUCGGCCAAGUACAUCUUCGAAAAGGGGAACCAACGCAGGCGGCCCCGCGGGUUCCGACGCAAGUGUCAGCAAGCCGGCGUCGGGUCCCAGUUCUCGUCGUCAUCGGGCCCCGCGCCACCCAACUACCACCUCUCGCACUCGCAAUACGCCUCUACUUUUGCUCCUCCUGGUGGUGGUGGGCAGCAGAAAGGGGUGCAGUGCCACCAGCAGCAGGCGAGUCCCAACAGGUACGCACACCCCCAUAUACAACAACAACAGCAGCAGCACCAACAACAGCAGUCUUUGGCGAGCCAGAGUAUUUAUUGCUCCAGCAACGAGUCCUACUUCCCGGUCACGUCGUUGCCCAGUUUGCCGAGCAUCAGCGUGGCGUUCGAGCCGUGUCUGGUGGACGACCCCGCGGCGGCGAUGGCGCACUGCGAAGUCGGCUUCCCUUGCGGCGGGUCCGCCAACACCAACUGCUAUUUAAUGGCGUCGGGCAUCGGGUGCGACGGGGACCGGCAACACGCCAUGGUCGGGUAUAAUUCAGCAGCGGGAUACGCGAGUUCAGCGAAUGCGUGGCACUCGUACGUGCCAUCGGCAGAGGACCAAGCGGAAGUGUACCAUCAUCAUCAUCACGUUCACCACGCCGUGGACCACCCCCACCACCACCACGCACUCGUGUCCGAUUUGGUGUUCGGCGCAGGAGGUGCGGAGGCUGUGGGCAUGGAGAAUGGGAUCCCUGCUGGGGAAGGGAUCUCCUUGCCUGGGAUGCAUCAUGCACAGCACCACCAAAACCACCAUCAGCAGCAGCACCAUUUGGGACUGCCGCAGUACGAGCCGAUGGUUGUCGACUCGGCGACGGAUCGCCAGCACCAACAACAAGUCUUUGUGGUGCAACCGGCGUCCAAGGAUGAUUCUGGAAGUGAGGCUGGUGGUGGCGGCGGUGGUGGCGGCGGCGGCGGCGGCGGAGGAGGAAUUGUUUGCGGCGGAGAUCCACGGGAGUCGUAUGCGCAGUUGCACGUGUACGACAGUGUCGCCGCCGUGCAGGGCACGCAGUCGACGGCUGCUGGGGCAUGUGUUGAGCCUCCGCCGUAUCUCCUGUGA